AUGCCUCCACGCCACCAAACCCUCCCUCCCGCGCAAACCUCCUCGGCGCGCGAGGCCCUCCAAUCUUUCUACUGCCAGCUUUGCCAAAAGGGCUAUUCUCGCAUGAACGACUACGAGGCGCACCUUAGCAGCUACGACCACAGCCACAAGCAGCGGCUCAAGGACAUGAAGGCCAUGGUGCGCGACCCGGCCGCGACAGCCCGCGCGCGCCGCCAGGAACAGAAGGCCGAGGGGGUGAUCAGUAUCAAGCUUGGGGAGGCGGCCGCUGGGGUUUCGGGGGGGGGUACCAGUGCGGCUGGUGGGGGGUUUAAGAAGGGCGGGUUCAAGAAGACGGGGUUUAAAUCAGCUUUCGGGCCCGUCGUCGGUGGUGUGGCCCUACCGAAGGAGGAUGCUGCUGGGCCGGGGAAGAAAGAGGGGGAGCCGAAGAUGGGUCUGGCGGCAGCAGCGAAGAGUGGCCUUGUGGAGAGCGACACAGAAGAUGAGGGAUACGAGGUGUACGAUCCGCGGAGGCCGACCGACUAA